ACCUAACCUAAUAUUUUUACUUGAGUUCAAAAUACGAAGUACGAACCUAAGCAAUUAUUCAUUUCAUUUUUUACCAUGUCCGCUAAUUAACUCAAAAUAAAAUAUAAAUAAAAUGCUGGAUUUAACAUGUUUGAAACUAAAUUAUUUUGUUUACUCUUCCCGAGAAUAACAAGAAAAAUGUCCACUUCUUCCAAUAACGUGAUAAUAGAAAAAAUAGGACAAAUAACCACAAUAGGCAUAAACCGGCCAGAGAGAAGAAACUGUGUCGAUUUCAAUACAGCGACACUGAUAAAGGACGCAAUACAAGGAUUCGAAGAAGAUGACACCUCCUGUGCAGCUGUCCUGUACGGUACUGGGGGCAACUUCUGCUCAGGCUUUGAUUUAAAUGAAUUAGUUGAUCUAGAUAAAAAUAAGGACUUGGAAAAUGUGUUCAAAAAUGGAUUCAUGGGUAUUUCGUCAAAGUAUGUGAAGAAACCGAUGGUUGCGGCAAUAAAUGGCUACGCAGUUGCAGAGGGCUUAGAACUCGCUUUGAUGUGCGAUUUGAGGGUAAUGGAGGAAACGGCUGUUGUUGGCUUCUAUGGUAGAAGGUUUGGUAUACCCUUAACUGAUGGAGCUGCUGUCCGAUUACAAGCGAUGGUUGGUCUUUCCAGAGCUUUAGACAUGGUAUUAACGGGUAGAUCACUCAAUGCCAAAGAAGCUUUCGAUUGGGGAGUAGCCAACAGAAUAGUCGCUUGUGGAACCGCAUUGGGACAAGCAAUUAACCUAGCCUCGUCCCUGAUUAAAUUUCCACAAGAUUGCCUAAUCGUUGACAGGGAGUCUACGUAUAAUGCUGCUUACAAUAAAGCGUACGAUGAACUUAUGAGGUACGAACAGAAAAAUAGUAAGAAAGUUCUGAGAGGGGUGAUUGAAGGUGCGAAAAAAUUCAUCUCGGGCUUGGGCAGGCACGGUAAAACGUACAAUUUGACGGAACGAAGCAUAUGCGAGUGGGAAAGAGAAUUUAGCAAAGAAGCGACACCAAAAAGUAAACUGUAAUUUCUAAGAUAUAAGUGUACAGUGAUUUUAAGUAAAGUUAUAGUAUUUUUA